AUGACGCCAGGUGUAAAGGAAGAUCAGUGUGACCCGCUGAGUAACAACAAUGUGAUGCCCUUAAUGCCGAGGACAACAGUUCGCUUGGAAUUUAAAAAUGUAACGUGCUCCGUAUCCUCUAUCUCCGUCAACAAAUUUCGACUUGAUAAUAAAAGUAUAUUGAAAGGCGUGAGCGGAUGUUUCAAGCCGGGAGAAUUGACGGCCAUCAUGGGCCCUUCCGGUGCAGGCAAAACAACGUUGUUAAACAUCCUGGCCGGUUACUCUACAAAAGGCGCAAAAGGUAUUAUAACAGUAAACGGUGUCAGCGCAUGUGCGUCGCAGUCGACAGGUCGGGGCGGCGCGAGAUAUAUCCGCCAGCACGAUGACCUCCGAGUUCAUCUCACCGUCUAUGAAUCCAUGUCUCUUGCGGCUGCGCUUAAACUGGCCGACUUCAACUCACAAGAACGCAAAGAGAAAGUAUUGGAAGUAUUAGCACUUUUGGGCCUCAGUGGAACGUCCCGGACACUGUGCAGGGAUUUGUCUGGAGGUCAAAAAAGAAGAUUGGCUGUAGCUUUAGAGUUACUGUCAGAUCCUUCUUUAUUAUUUCUUGAUGAACCAACAACCGGCCUCGAUUCCUCCGCAUCGACGUCUCUCAUUGCACUUCUCAGCGGCUUGGCUCGAGGGGGUCGCACUAUCAUAGCUACGAUACAUCAACCAUCAGCUUUACUUUUUGAGAAGAUAGACUCAAUCUACUGUUUAUCAUCUGGUAGCACUUUGUAUUCGGGAUCCAGAGAACUUCUUCUGCCAGCAAUGAGUAGUGCAGGAUUAAGAUGCCCUCCGUACCACAAUCCUGCUGAUUUCUUAAUGGAAGUAGCAUCAGGUGAACACGACAUUGAUUUGUCGAAAGCCGCCAACAUCAUGCUUCAGUACAAAGCAGAAUCUACAUCCAGUGCGUGGGAAGAUGUGCCAGUUAUAUCAUCGUUCUCAAAUACCUUAAGCGUGGACAUAGAAAUGCAAGAUAAACAAUUAAGAAGUAAUGCAAAACACCAGAAAAAGUUCUCUAAGAACAUAUACAGACCGUCGGGAUAUCUGCGACAAACAUGGAUACUCCUUUAUAGAAAUUAUCUGAUGACAACGAGAAAUUACUCACUAUUCAUGUAUCGCGUUGCUGCACAUGUAAUCAUCGCGUUGAUUUUCGGAUACCUUUACCUGGGCGUUGGUGGGGAAGCCAGCAGUGUGCUGGGAAACUAUGUAUAUCUAUAUGGAUCGAUGCUCCUCGUUGUGUACACCGGAAAAAUGUCUGUCACGCUAUCCUUUCCACUGGAGAUGGAUAUAUUGAAAGGCGAAUAUUUUAAUCGAUGGUACAGUUUAGGUCCAUAUAUCUUCUCGAUUCUGGCUGUAGAGUUACCAUUUCAGAUGAUAUCAUGCGUUUCGUACGUAGUGUUGUCGUACUGGCUAACUGACAACCCCCUAGAGCCGACCCGCGCUACAUUGUUCCUCGCCACGAUAGUCGCAACAUCCCUCUGCGCCCAAGCCUGGGGGUACUUCAUUGGAUCGACCACGCCAACCAGGAUCGCAGUCUUUAUAGGACCAGUUUUAGCGUGUCUGUUCUCCGUAUUUGGUUUUUGUCUGGCUUUACGAGAUACGCCGUACGCCUUCAAAUGGCUGCACCAUAUAUCAUACUUCAGAGCGGGCUUCCAUGUUGCUGUUCACUCUAUAUAUGGAUUCAAUAGAACGAAAAUGCACUGUGAUAAAGAAUAUUGUCACUACAUCACACCAAGUAAAUUCCUUGUUGAAAUGGAUAUGGCAACCAUAGAUGUCGGCGUCAACAUGGCUAUAGUAUUGAGUACCACUGUUCUCAUGCACGUACUUACUUGCUCCACACUUUGGUACAGACUUAAUAAAAGA